GCAGCUGCAGUCGUCUGAUAGUCGCGCACCGUACCUCGCGAUCGUCCGCGGAACACUAUUUUAUUUUAUUAUAUUUAUAUAUUUAAUAUUAUUAUCAUAGUAUCAUUGCUAUACUAUUGUUGUAGGUACCUGUCCUGCCGUCCAGUUAUUAGUUAAACGAACUUUUUUUUUUUUUAUCACUAUGACGUGCUGUCCACCACUGACCAGUAACUAAUUAUUAUUUAUUAUUACUCGAUACUCAAAAAUGACUUCAUGCGUUUCAAUAAUGGACCGGAAUCAAUUGUUGCUGUCCGGCUUCGAACGUAUAUUGUGUGUUUAAUAUUAACGUAGUUUGUUUCCUGAUGGUCAGCUGAAUGUACCUACUACAUCAUCGUCAUAACUAUUAUUAUUUUCCUCGUUAUUGACGUUCCAGUGUGUGGCUAUUUUUUAUUUUUCGGUUAUAAUGUCGUUUUCAGAAGACGAAUUGUCCGUGAAAGUAGCCGUCAGAAUACGUCCACAAAUUGCACGUGAAGUGAUUGAUGGCUGUCGUAUUUGUACAAAUGUAACCCCUGGUGAACCACAAGUGACUUUAGGUUCAGAUAAAUCAUUUACCUAUGAUUUUGUAUUUGAUACACACGAAAAUCAACAAACUUUAUAUGAAAACUGUGCAUCUAGCCUUGUUGCUGGUGCUCUACAAGGAUAUAAUGCAACAGUCCUUGCAUAUGGCCAGACUGGAUCUGGUAAAACAUAUACGAUGGGCACAGGUUUUGACUUGGAGAAUAUUGAUGACACAGAUCCGUCCGCCAUAGGCAUCAUUCCACGAGCUAUACAUCAACUAUUUGAUGGAAUACAAUCAAUAAAACAACAAUCAUUGGAUAUUGGAGAUCCUUCUCCUCAUUUUACUGUUACUGCACAAUUUUUAGAACUAUACAAUGAAGAAAUAAUUGAUUUAUUUGAUACCGCCAAUGACUAUUCUAUAGCUAAAAAUAAAAGUGGUAUUCGUAUUCAUGAAGAUAUGCAACAUAAUAUUUAUGUAACUGGUGUAUCAUGGAAACCUAUAAAUUCAGCUUCUGAAGCAUUGUCUAAUUUACGUCAAGGAGCUUUAUCUCGUACGACUGCAGCAACUGCUAUGAAUUCACAAUCAUCAAGAAGUCAUGCAGUCUUCACUAUUAACAUUCAACAAAAACGAUUUGUUAAACAUGAGGAUGAAGGUACUGAAUCUACUUUAGAAGAUUGUAGCACAAACUCUACUAGUAAUCAAAAUCCUGGUGAAUUUGAAACUCUUACUGCUAAAUUUCAUUUUGUUGACUUGGCUGGUUCAGAAAGAUUGAAACGGACUGGUGCUACUGGAGAUAGAGCCAAAGAAGGGAUAUCAAUUAACUGUGGAUUAUUAGCAUUAGGAAAUGUUAUAUCAGCAUUAGGAGAUAGGUCUAGAAAAGCUCUCCAUGUGCCUUAUAGAGACUCAAAACUAACAAGAUUACUUCAAGACUCUUUGGGAGGUAAUAGUCGUACUGUAAUGAUUGCAUGUGUUUCACCAAGUGACAGAGAUUUCAUGGAAACACUAAAUACUUUAAAAUAUGCCAAUCGAGCACGUAAUAUUCAAAACAAGGUGGUAAUUAACCAAGAUAAAUCAUCAAGAACAAUUCAACUUUUACGACAAGAAAUACAACAAUUGCAACUUGAUAUUAUGGAAUAUAAGCAGGGUAAAAGAACUGUAAAUGAAAAUGGUGAAGAAUGUGUAAAUGAUACAUAUCUUGAGAAUACAAUGUUACAGACUGAAUUAACUAAUAUGAGAACUCGUAUAAAAGCUAUGCAAGAAACUAUUGAUGUUCUAACUACUAAAAAUACACAAUUAUUAGCUGAAAAGGCAACUGGAGCCUGGUUAAACACAGAUGCUGGUAUAGAAUCUAAUAUGACUGAUGUUAUACAAGGUUAUUUAAAAGAAAUUGAAGAGUUACGAGCAAAAUUACUAGAAUCAGAACAUAUGUGUGGUCAACUACGUAAAAAUACUUCUUCAGCUAUAAAAAAUCAUGCGAGUUUUCCUAACGAGGAAUACAGUUCAAAAGAAUUGAUUGCAAAAGCAAAACAAGAGUUGGAAAAUGAAAAACAAACACUACAACGAUUAAUUUCUGUAAAGUCUCAAGAAACAGAAAGUGAACCUUCAAUCUCUGACGAUAGCGAAGAUAACUCAUCUGAUGAUGAAAAUGAGAGAGCAAGUGUAGACAGCCAAUACAGUCAAGAAUUAGCAAAUUUAACAUCUGAAAUUAAUUUAAAGCAAAAGCUUAUUGAAGAGUUGGAGUUAUCUCAGCGUAGAUUAGCUAACUUACGACAACAUUACGAAGAUAAACUUCAACAGUUACAAACAAAAAUUAAAUUAACUCAAGAUGAAAGAGAUACAGUUCUUUCUUCUCUUGGUAAUAAUAAUAAUAAUCCAUCUGAAAAAGUAAAAAAAGUAAAGGAUGAUUAUGAACGUAGACUUGGUACCAUGCAGAAAGAAUUAAAAUCCUUACAAUCUGCUAAAAAAGAACAUGCAAAACUCCUAAGAGAUCAAUCUCAGUAUGAAAAUCAAGUACGAACACUUAAAUAUGAAGUAAAUGAUAUGAAACGCACUAAAGUAAAAUUAAUGAAUAAAAUAAAAGAAGAAACAACUAGACAUCAUGAGGCAGAAAUGAAAAAAGCUAAAGAAAUAGCUCAACUGAGAAAAGAGUCUAGAAGAGCAGAAAUUAGAAUGAGAAAUCUUGAAUCAAAAUCCCGUGUUCGUGAUGCAGUAUUAAAAAGAAAACAAGAAGAAGUAACUGCACUUCGUCGUGCAGCAAGAGCUAUAAAUAAUAAUCGCAAAGGUGCAGUGGGCACUCAAGCUAAUCGCAAGAGUUCCAAACAAACAUGGCUCAAUUUAGAAAAGAAUAUAUCUGCUUUAUCACUUAAUAAACAGACAUUAUAUUCUUUAGAAAAAAACAUGGAAAGGUUACUGCAAGAGCGAAAAAAACUACACUCAGAUUUAGAUUUCAAACUAAAAAAAUUAGCUGAAGCUCAUGUGCAACAACCUCGUGAUAGUAAUUUACAUCGUGAUUUUGAAGACGAAAUUGAAGCAAUUAGAGCUAAUUUAGAUUAUGUAGAUGAAAGUAUAAAAGAACUUCAAGAGAAUAUAUUGCAAAUUGAAGAUUCUAAGACUGUUACUGAAAGUUUGGAGUUAAAUGGCCAUGUAAAUAAUCUGCCAGAUGCUAUUUAUGUAUUGGACAAACUUUUUCAAAUGUCUUUACAUAAUUCUUGUCUGGCAGCCCAGAGAGAUAUAAAUUUGAAAGAGUUAGAAACUAAAAUGCAACAACUUGAAAAAGAAAACGAAAUACAAAGACAGUUAAUAGAACACAUGUUGUCCAGUCGAGAACGUAUUAAUGAAAUGCCUAUAAGUAUGACUACCAGUAGUGAUAGAGAUAUCAGAUCUGUAGUGAGUUCUUCAUCUUCGUCACGUUCUACCUCCCCUUCAGAUAUGGCAAGUAGUACACAUUCCAAAAAUGAUAUUGGGGCAAGUAAACAUAGACGCAGACCUGCUCAAGCACAAGAACUUCUUUAUGCCUCCAAAAAUGUAGACCAACAACGAGUACCUCUCGUACGUGUGCCAAGUGCUUCUUCUUUCUUAAGACCUGAUAAAUUUAAACCAUCACCAGUAAUGGGCCGAAAACAAAUUGAAAGACAAGAAUCUGUAUCACCUCGUCCCAUUAGGCGUGGAACUUUUAUAAUUUCUCCCAAUACAAACUUACUAGGCAAACCUGGUUCAAUGGAUCGACUAAACAAAAGCCCUCCAAAUUCACCACCUACUUAUCGUCGAGCAAUCAGUCGUGAUGAAAAUGUUUUUUCUCGCCUUACAUCCAGUACUACUCAACCUAAUGAACAACAGCGAUCUAAAGGUGUAAUACAACCAUAUCAAGGAAAAACUUCAUUGAAAACUCCUUUGGUAUGUACACAUAUCACAGAAGGUCAUUCUAGAGCAGUUCUUGCAGUUUAUGCUACUGAUGACAUGCUGUUUAGUGCCUCUAAAGAUAAGACUGUAAAAAUUUGGGAUCUAAACAGUGGUAAAGAAAUUCAAACAUUAGCUGGUCACCCAAAUAGUGUUGUUGCAAUAAAAUAUGAUGAAUAUGCACAACUUGUAUUUAGUGUAACUUCUUCAUAUGUAAGAGUUUGGGAUAUGAGAUUGUCAAAAUGCAUUAAGACUCUCAGCUCAUCUGGUAUUGUUAACAAUGGAUCAGUUAUGUCAUCACAAAUUCCAGUUGGAGAAAUUUUGUUGAAUGAUAUUGCACUAAAUAAUUAUGGACGAACAUUGUACAUGGCAUCUGGUGACAAAGUGAAAAUUUGGGAUAUGAGAAAGUUUGCAGUUCGAGGAAAAUUGAGUAGUGGUCACACAGCUGCUGUUAUGUGUUUAGCAGUGGGUCGGUUUGACAACAAGGAUAUUAUAGUUACUGGAUCUAAAGACCAUUACAUUAAGAUGUUUGAAGUUGAUGAGGAGGCUGUUGGAACGUAUAAUCCUACCGUUAAUCUCGAACCCCCUCAUUAUGAUGGAAUACAAACACUUGCAAUACAUAAUGAAAUACUAUUUUCUGGUUCAAGAGAUUAUGCUAUUAAGAAAUGGGACCUUGACAAACAAGAAUUAGUUACUUCAAUAAAUAAUGCUCAUAAAGAUUGGAUCUGCGGAUUGGCUGUUGUUCCCGAUCAUCCAAUACUAUUGAGUGUGUGUCGUAGUGGAUCUUUGAAAAUGUGGUCAGAGUCGUCUUGCUCACUUCUUGGAGAGAUGAAAGCACACGAUUCUCCAAUUAAUGCCAUUGCCACAAAUUCAACGCAUGUCUUUACUGCAGCUCACCGUGGAGAAGUGAAGAUGUGGCGAGUGGCUCAAAAUAUCUCGUUUCCAACAGCUAUGACAAUGUCAACAGGACGUAUGUUCAACCUGGACAUGUGAAUAUUUUAACUCUUGAAAACAUUAUGUAUGGGGUUCAUCUAUAAACGCGUGAUGGAACAGUGAAGUUAUGGCGGGUUAAGUAUCGUUUAGACGCGAUGGCUUGACGGACAAUCAUUUGCAUUGCAACAAUACUCCAGUACAUCGGUAUACUUAUGUUGACCAUAAUCGUAUUGAUUAGCCACCUGAUAACUUCGGUACAUGCCAUAUUUUGCCAUAAACCGAAGCAAACAAAACCUAUAUUGUAAUCUGUGAUAUCUACUUAUUUUGAGUAUCUUUCUGCUGAACUGUGUAUUUCAGUGUUCCUUACGAAUUGGUUCCAAAGAUGCAAAUUUCAUAAUAACAUAUUAUUUAUUACGGGUAGGGAAUUAUUUUUAUUAUUUUGAACACAAAAAGAGAACGACUAAUUGCAUGCUUAUUCUUAGGAAAUGAAAACGCUCAAUAUUUUUCAAAUAACCAUCUAGUAUUAUUAUUAUUAUUAUUAUUAUGGUAUUUGGUACUGAUUAUUACUUACAAUUUUUUAUUUAAUAAUUUUAUGUGCAUUGAACACGUUAAAUACUUGAUUUUUAAUAGAAUAAAUGUUAAUUAAUCCAUUUUAAAAAUCAAAAAAUGUUUUAUUUUUAAUAUUUAUUUUAAAAUAGACCUGAUCAAAACAAUGUUAAGUAUAAUAUAAUAUAUAUAUACAUAAAUAAAAUAUUGUAUUACA